CUCCCCUUCAGUCUUGCACAGGUGUACCUGCUCCUCCCUUCAGUCUUGCACAGGUGUACCUGCUCCUGCCCUUCAGUCUUGCACAGGUGUACCGGCUCCUCCCCAUCAUUCUUGCACAGGUGUACCGGCUCCUCCCACUUCAGUCUUGCACAGGUGUAUCGGCUCCUCCCCCUUCAGUCUUGCACAGGUGUACCUGCUCCUCCCCUUCAGUCUUGCACAGGUGUACCGGCUCCUCCCCUUCAGUCUUGCACAGGUGUACCGGCUCCUCCCCUUCAGUCUUGCACAGGUGUACCUUGGCUCCUCCCCUUCAGUCUUGCACAGGUGUACCUGCUCCUCCCCUUCAGUCUUGCACAGGUGUACCGGCUCCUCCCCUUCAUUCUUGCACAGGUGUAUCGGCUCCUCAGCCUUCAGUCUUGCACAGGUUGUACCAGCUCCUCCCCUUCAGUCUUGAGCAACAGGUGUAUUGGCUCCUCCCCUUCAGUCUUGCACAGGAUUACUGUACCGGCUCCUCCCCCUUCAGGCUUGCACAGGUGUACCGGCUCCUCCCCUUGCAGUCUUGCACAGGUGUGUACCGGUUCUCCUCCCCUUCAGUCUUGCACAGGUGUACUGGCUCCUCCCCUUCAGUCUUGCACAGGUGUACCGGCUCCUCCCCUUCAGUCUUACACAAAUGUACCGGCUCCUCCCCUUCAGUCUAGCACAGGUGUAUUGGCUCCUCCCCUUCCAGUCUUGAAACAGGUGUACCGUUCUCCUCCCCUUCAGUCUUGCACAGGUGUACCCAGCUCCUCCCUUCAGUCUUGCACAGGCCGUGCAGGCUCCCUCCCCUUCAGUCUUUGCACAGGUGUGUACUGGCUCCACCCCUCCAGUCUUACACAGGCGUGCCAAAUUCAUUUGGAGGAGCGUUAUCCCAGCUGUGAU